AUGGGCUCCGUCCAGCUGCGGCCUCGACUGCUCACCCCCAACCGCCAGUGCACUAUACUUGGAGGAUACACGGCUGGAGGAGGGGGAAGUGGAGGAGAUAGUGGUGGCGGUGGCGGCGGCGGCGGCAGCGGCAGCGGCUGUGGCGGCGAUGGAGGAGGCGGAGGCGGAGGCGGAGGCGGAGGCGGAGGCGAUGGCGGUGCCUGA